GUAAGAAUGAGAAUAGCACGAGCCUCUCCGUGCCCUUCGUUGCAUCUGAUUUCUACGCUGAACACUAAAAGCCACUCAACGCCUUCUUUGCUGCUUUGUUGCUUUGCUGCUCUUGCAUUCUCGAUCAAGACCUGCGCUACAAACGAGCUUCCAAAUGACUUCUCCCCCCACCGUCACCGUUGCCAUCCAGAUGGGGAUGAGCCUGGAUGGUAAAAUCAGCGGCGAUUUCAUCCGAGUCCCGAACGCGCGCGCGUUCGCCCGUGCCGCCUACCGUAUCGACAACGAGUACUUCAAGCCCAAGACGCAGGUGUGCCUGGUCGGGCGCCAGUCCAUGGAGACCUUUGCAGACCUGGAGUCCCCUGAGAACUACCCCGUCUCCGACCGGAAGGGCGAUCGCAGCGACUUCCACGCCGACUUGGAGACGAACCCCGCACCUCCCGGCAACCAUUACCAGGCCUGGGUGGACCCGCACGGUCGCCUUGGCUGGAAGAUGAACAUUCGACACAUCGAGAGGUUUACCUUUCCUUUUUGCGAUUGCUGUUGGUGCUGUCGUCGUUGUAACGAUCACGAACAUACUACGAUAGUGGUAGAAGUUGGAGAGAGAAGAGCUUAUGGUAAAUAA